CGAUGCCGGUCGCUGUUUCAAACUCUUGCCGACCAGGGAUCUCUGGCGAUCAUUGUGCAAUUAUGACAGAGAGUCAAUCUACUCACCUAAAUGGUGACGCAGAAAUGAACAGUUGGAGUCCUGCUUCUUGGAGAUCCAAGAAGGUUCUUCAGGACGUUGCAUAUGAUAAUCCUGCACAACUACAGCAAGUGCUGCAAAAGCUGGAUCGCCUGCCGCCAUUGGUCAGUCACCAAGAGAUCAAAAAGUUGAGGCAGCAGCUUGCCGAAGUAGCAGAGAACAAGCGCUUCUUGCUUCAGGGGGGUGAUUGUGCAGAACUAUUUGACUAUUGCUCGCAGGAACCGAUCGAAAACAAGCUAAAGGUCCUAUUACAAAUGUCACUGAUCCUUGUGUGGGGUGGGCGGACAUCAGUCACACGAAUAGCCAGAAUGGCCGGACAAUACGCAAAGCCGCGAUCAAAGCCUACUGAAGUUAUUGACGGUGUCGAGUACAACGCUUUCCGUGGCGACAAUGUGAAUGGCAUUGAUCUCGCCGAGCGCAAGCCGGAUCCACAGCGUCUCCUAGGAGCUUACUUUCACUCGGCAGCGACUAUUAAUUACGUCAGAGCGUUACUGGCUGGCGAUUUUGCUGAUUUGCACCAUCCUGAGUCUUGGAAUCUCAAAUCAUGGGACUUUGGACAUGUCGAAAACCCCACCGUACGGGCCGAGUACCAGGCGAUUGUCCGUCGCUUAAAUGAUGCUCUCGAUUUUAUGCGUACGAUUGGAGCUGACUCUGAAGAUAAUUCAAGAGACGCCAUUCGGACGGUCGAUAUGUUCACGUCGCAUGAGGGGCUUCUACUCGAAUACGAACAACAGCUCACCAGGAAAGUUGAUGGAGAGUGGUACAAUCUGGGUGCACAUUAUCUUUGGAUUGGCGACCGCACACGACAAUUGGAUGGGGGUCACGUCGAGUACUUUCGAGGAAUUGUAAAUCCGAUUGGCGUGAAAGUUGGGCCAUCUAUGAAGCCUGAAGAGCUCGCACCACUGUUAGAUAUUCUUGACCCAAACUUUGAACCUGGGAAGGUGACCCUGAUUACGAGAUAUGGUCAUGAUAAGAUCUUCACCUAUCUUCCCGCUCACAUCCAAGCGGUCCGUGCUACGAAGCAUAAAGUGGUUUGGUGCUGCGAUCCUAUGCAUGGUAACACAGAAACCACCGUUACGGGGGUGAAGACCAGACGCUUUAAUCACAUCGCCGAGGAGCUCAGCAAAGCCUUCCGGAUUCAUAAAGAGUGUGGAUCCAAGCUCGGGGGAGUUCACUUUGAGUUGACUGGUGAUCCUGUUACAGAGACAAUUGGUGGGUCGAUGAACCUGCAGGAGGCCGACCUCAGUCGUAACUAUCAGACGUUUUGUGAUCCUAGAUUGAACUAUGAACAAUCAUUAGAUAUUGCCUUCAUGAUUGCAAAUUACUAUGAGGGCGAGCGUAGCUCGCUACGCUCUUUGUAAAUUCUUUGCAUAGCUGUAUCAUAGGGAGUAACUGUAUCAUUAAAGUCAAUAGAUUAAGGAUGUCAAAAUGAUGUAUGUACAAUCUAUACUUAUUUCACCG